AUGGCAACAUACGGCAUCGAAACUGAUGCUAUGACAUUGCAACGGUAUGUCUUGCUGGAACAAAUGAGGUAUCCAUCAGCUACGGGUGAUAUGACGCAUCUGCUGACCUGUUUGUUAACCGCAAUCAAGGCUAUCUCAUCAGCUUCUCAAAAAGCUGGAAUCGCUCAGCUUUAUGGUAUUGCUGGGUCAACUAAUGUUCAGGGAGAGGAAGUCAAGAAGCUGGAUGUUUUGUCAAAUUCUCUUAUGAUAAACAUGCUAAAGUCAUCGUACAAAACAUGUUUUAUGGUAUCAGAAGAAAAUGAGGAACUUAUUGUGGUUGAUAAAGCCCAACGCGGGAAAUAUAUAGUGACCUUCGAUCCUCUCGACGGGUCUUCAAAUAUAGAUUGUCUUGUUUCCGUGGGGACUAUAUUUGGAAUUUAUAAAAAGGAGACUGAAGGUGAACCAACACUUAAGGAUGUACUUCGUCCGGGCCGAGAAUUAGUUGCAGCAGGUUACGCCCUGUAUGGAUCAGCUACUAUGGUGGUAAUAUGCACAGGUCGCGAAGUCAAUGGUUUCACGCUCGACCCAUCGAUUGGAGAGUUCGUACUUACGCAUCAGGACAUGAAGUGCAAGCCACGUGGAACUGUUUACAGUGCGAACGAAGGUUAUUCAGCACAGUGGUCUCCAGGUUUGAAAGCUUACGUUGAGUCACUGAAAUGCCCAAAAGACGGACGUAAGCCUUAUUCUCAACGUUAUGUUGGAUCGAUGGUAGCUGACAUACACAGGACGCUGCUGAAUGGCGGAAUAUUUCUUUAUCCAGGAACCAAGAACAACCCAGAUGGAAAGCUACGUCUCCUGUAUGAGGGUUUUCCAAUGGCAUACCUUCUGGAGCAUGCGGAUGGUGCCGCAUCAACUGGAACCAUGCGUGUUCUUGACAUUCAUCCUACUCAUAUCCAUCAACGAGCACCAAUUAUCUUAGGCUCGAAAGAGGACGUGAAAGAUGCUUUAGAAUAUAUUAAAAAGUAUGAUCUAACUCAGUAA